AACAAAUAGAAAAUAAGACUAAAAUAAAAAUUAAAAGAACUUAUUUCUUAUGUACUUUAAACGAAAAAACAUUAAAAAUGCGAGAGUGCAGAAUAUGUCGUGACACGGAGUGUUCAAAUAUGGUAAUAAUAGACGAAAGCAAUGGAUUUCUGAACCUUUACAACUAUUGUUUUGGUUUGGCGGUCACUACUCAAGAUGUACCCCGAUAUCUGUGUAAAGAAUGUGCAGAGAAAGUUACAAAGUUUUCGUGUUUCAAAGAAGAAUGUUUAAAAUCCGAACAGCUUUGGAAAUCAGAAAAAACUGAUCCUAAAACAAUAUACAAAAAUAUAAAAACUGAAAUCGAUGCUGAAAAUGAGGAAUCAAGAGAUAGUUAUGUUUCAAAUGGGGCGUCAUUCGAAAUAAGUUCUUAUUUCAAUGAAAAUAAUGACGAAGAUAGUAAGCCACCACACAUGGAAGAUCCCAUGAAAUUCACAACAGACUUUAUAGAAGAAAAAGGUAGUAAUUCGGAUAUAGAAGAUGAUACUGCAAACAAAAAAACUGAUGAGAAAAGCAAUGAUAAAGGAAAAGGAAGGAUAAUCAAACAAUUUAAAUGUAGAAAGUGCAAGAAAGUAUAUGGUAUGUAUUUAAAAGUAUUUUUUUUGCGGCGACUUACUGGUGCUACCAUAGUAGCGGGAUGCCACACUACACUGGGUAUAGUAUUGUCUCUUUUCCACAUGGACAGCAGUAGCACCAGUACUGACAUACCAAUGUGUUUAUGUAUUUGCUUGCAUUGCACAAUGGUUAAUUGACCUUUCUUUAAUUAUGCUAACAGAUUGAUAUUAAAGUAUUGUUAUGUUAUUCUGCAAGUUAACUUAUAAGGUCCGAUAGGACUGACAUUAUGGCUUUUGUGACUGUUCUAUCCAGAGAUCUAGAUUUUAAAAGCAGGUUCUAUUUCAGAGAGACAAAAGUGGUAUCUUGGACACAUAAAAUCAUGCCAAAGAAUCAUUAAUAUUAAACAAAGGGAAAGGUUGAA